ACAGCCAAUACUGGGCAGUUCUCCAAGGAAACCAGCGUCAACAGAGAGAUGAACCUGCAGUCUGAUUGGAAACAACACAAGCUUGGGCAAAAUUGACAUGGACAAAAUCAAGUUAGAGGUCGAUCUGGUCCAGGUGCUUACUGGUAACCCGGGAUGCAACGUCACUUACGUUCUGAACGUCUCUGAGAGGGCAAGAGCUGUUCUGGGAUCAGUGAAACGCCUGCUAAUCCAGACUCUGCUGGCUAAAGCUUCUCUGGGAGACUCUCUGUUUAACAUGGUCGGAUUCUCAAACACGGUGCACUGCUGGUCCUUGCACAUGCUUCCCUGUCUUCCUAACACCGUUUUCACAGCUUUUCCUUGGGUUCACUCCGUCAGCUGCAGCCUCGGCAGACACCUACUAGCUGCCUUGAAAGCGGCUCUCUCUGACCCGGCGUGCCACACCGUUCACCUGCUCUGCACUGACCUCCCGGAGCAGCCGGGGCUCUUACUCAGAUUCCUGUCAGCCCUGGAGACCUGCAGGCCCAUAAAUGUUUUUUACCUUCAAGGACCCAGCAGUGGGUUGGAGAGGUCCGCCAGAGACUACCUGCUGUGUCUGAGCCAGGCCACCAGAGGGAGCUGCUACCUGAUCAUGUUUGAUUUGGAGGGCAAUUUAGAGAAGGUGAUUCCUAUUCACAUCGUUGACAGCCAGCCUUCGACUCCAGCAUCACAAACCAAAUGCUCUCAUAGCGCCUCCACCAUUAAAUACCAGCCAACUUCACCAGCACUCAGGUGCAGGCCAAGUGUUGGUGAGUUUUCAUCAGGCUCCUGUGUGCUGUGUGGUCCAGCGGUGGCCGGGUCGGAGUUCUUCCCAAGCCACAGGGUGUUGGCCAGGAGACAGGCGGACGGCCUUUUCUACCCAGGCUCUGUGAUCCAGGAAGUUCAGGACUGCAAGGGACUUUGGGUAGUUGAGUUUGACCGUGGAGGCAGUGCUGCCUCCUCCCAGCGUGAACUGGUUUGCUCACUCGACCUGGUCGUGGACAGCAGAGGUCAUAACCACCGGCUGGUACCUGGGGAUUUUGUCCUGUCGCCAUGGGAAUCAGAUCUGAGGAGAUACGGUCCGGGUCGAGUGGUGGCAGUCGCACCUCACAGAGCCGAUGUCGUGGCCGACCUCCAGGUGCUGAUGUGGAACAGCUCUGUGUCUCUGGUUCCUGACAGCCUGGUUUUGCCAGUUUCACUAUAUCAUUACUUCAGACUUGUGAGGCAGCUCCAGAUUCCAGCCCCAGUUUUUGGACGAUGCUGCAGCCGGGUCUGCGGCAAGUCUCCAUGUCCUCUCCGGAGGCCUUACACACACUGCUGCCAGUCCACACACACCCAGCUGCCAUGCGUGGUUCCCACCAGCUGUAGGUCCGGCCUGGAAGAGCCGUGUCACUUUAACAGGGAUGAAUUUGUCAGGAAUGGACACUCUGAGACACCGUCCCCACCACCGACAUCGCCAACCAUACAGGAAAACACUUCAAACUCCCCCGAAGCAAAGCUUUGGAGCAAUCGACGACGUCCUCCUUGGAGGUACUGGAGGAGAACUGGACCAGAACCACAACACAAACAACCAGGGAGUGAAGUGAACAGGACGAUGUCACAACCCUCCAGCCUCCCUGUCCCACAGAUCAGCAGCUCACCAAACCACAGCUCCCUGUUUCAGUCGCUUCCUGAUGUCAACGCAAAAAACAUGAACAUCAGAGAUGUUUUCGGAACGGCCAGCUUCAAGCCUCGACCACCUGCACAGCGCCAGUCCUUCUCUGCUGGCAAAGCCGCUCUGAUCCCUACGUGAUAAUGGUAUAAAUGUGUGAAAAGAUAUUAAGUUUACUCUUUUAUUGCAGCAGCAUAAUCUCACACUGAUUAACGGAUUCAGAUGGAGGAAAAAGAGAUGUUAAUUGGUUCAGAAUAAAAUUUGUUUCGCCAGUUAAUUGCAUCCCUAACAAUUCCUAUAAAAGUAAGGGAAGUAAUUUAAAAUUAUAUUUACUCUUUAAAAUUGACUAGCUUAACUUUAUUGGUUAAAAAAUACUAUUUCCUUAUAGACAUAAAUAUGAUGUGACCCAGAGGCCCAUUUCUAUUAGCUGUUGUUCAAAAUAGUAAAGAUUAGAGAUUUCGCUUCAUUUUUACUAAUCAUUAUAAUUGAGGGAU